UAACCAUAAUAACUACCAUACGGGUGUGGCUAGUAGACAAGACAUGUCUGCUUGUUAUUUGGCUGUGAUAAUAUCUUCCACUGGCGUCCCUCUCUUCAUAAGAACCAAAGGAGAUGUACCCCAGCUGUCCUUCCCUGUGGUAGGAUCUCUUAACGGAGUCCAUUGGUUCACUGAGAAUGCAAAGGCUUCCUUGCUUAGCUGUACCAGCAAGAACGUUAGAAUAGUCUGGAAAAACUUUCAUGAUUGUCUAACGCUGAUCCUUGUCUCUACUAAUGACAGCCCAACUGAUACUCACUGCAACUACCUAUCGACACUCAUUUUUAAUGCUAUGGUCCUUUUGAUUGGUCUUCCUGAUUUAUUACGAAUUGAAGAUCCUGAGAAUCUGAAGAGAGAUUUACGAUGCUGUUACCCAUUGAUAGACCUGUUGCUAGGCAACCAGUUCACCAUGUCUCCUCUUACACAAACAGUCGAGGUUUUAGUUGAUCACGAACAUAAAUCAUUAAUGGACGGUCUUGGGUCAUUAAGUGAAGCAAUAGAGAGUAACUACAGCUGCUUAAUAGUGAAUCAUCAGAUAAUACACGCUACUGAAAGCUGGUGGCAAUUGGACGUUAUUGAUUCCAACCUGUUGACGCUCCUCCCUUCGUCUCUACCGCCAACCCAAUGUACCGAUGUACCAGUGUACCUACCAGUGGCUAGCAAUACGUCACCACACAGGUUAUUAGUAUUCCGUUUGUAUGAUUCCGUCUCUCUCUUGGUCUUAUGUGACACGGAACCAUCUCUCGACGUCGCUCAAAAGAUUGUGGUACAGAUUUGGCUUCCAUUACGUGACAAGAUCAUUAGUCUUCCCUUGCUGGUACCCAGGGCCUUCCCCCUCAGUGUUACCAUGGACUCCAGCGUCAUUGGAUUCUGUUUCGUUAACUUAUUAACUCGUCGGUCCUUAUUGUCGGUACUCUCGUACGAGACACAAGAGAGAAACCCUGCACUGCUCAGCAAAGGAUAUCAAGGAGCAUUAGAUGAUAAUAAAAAAAGAGACUAUUUGAUUCAAUUUUAUAAAACGGUUGCCGACAAUCUUCUACCAAUACAUGCACCUGCAACAGCUUCUGAUAAGAACACCACACCCACUCAUGCCCCGCCUACUAACGAGGACAAUGAUGAACUGGGCGGAGUUAAAAAUAAUAAUAACAAUGACAGCUACAAUCUGGUACCAUUGACAAAGGAUAGGAUCCCCCACAAGAUUAUAGAAACUUACAGCUGCACAAAAGGAUUCAAAGGUUAUGCAAUUAAUAACUUUCAGUACAAUAUAUUUUUAUUGUUUGACGUGAACACACCCACUUAUGCCUUGAGGGAAAUCAGUCAUGACACACUUCAAUCACUAGUGGCAAAGGGAGUCCUUUAAUUCUUGUGACAUUUGAACAAUCUUUUUUGACCAGAAUUUCAAUUUUUAUAUUCAUUUUUAUAUUCAUUUUUAAUAUU